CCUUAAAAAGUGUUCACUUUUUCAUGUUAUAAGCAAUGUCUGGAGUAAGAAACUUAUUUUCUUUCCUUAUUUUCUUUCUCAUUAUUGCCUUAAACUUCACUAAUGGCUUAGCCAUUGAUCAUAAAUCUGAUGCUAAUAUUGCAUUAAUCCCACAAAAGAAAGGAAUAAAAUGGUUGCAUUGGCCAUUUGUACAUGCACCACCACCACCUUCAUCUUUUUUUCCUAAGUUUCCAUUUCCAAAAAUAUUUCCCUGGCCGCGAUUUUUGCCACCUAAGCCUUUUUUGCCUAGUGAAAAAAGCGUCAGUGACAUAAGCAUGGACAACGGUCAGAACGUGCUGGAAAAAAAAUAUUAUUGUGCUUUAAUUAUUGAGGCGUGUAUGCUUGAAAGGGAUACGUUAUGUGUUCGCCAUAGGUGUACCUUCUCUUAUGAUUGUUGUACAUCCAUUAAUACUGAAUUUGGUUCUGAGGAAUGUAAUCAGUAUGAAUUUGCCAUGAUAAAAAAUGAGUGUGCAAAUCAAGCUGCUCCUCCUCCUACAGAUUACUAAGUUAUUAAGGGAGUAUAUGUACGUAUAUGUUCAUAUAGUCGAUCCAACUCGUUUGGGACUAAGGCGUAGUUUACAUUAUUGUUAUUUUAUGUAUAUGUGUGUAUAUUUCAUAUAGUCGACCCCAACUUGUUUGGGGCUGAGACGAUGUUUGUUGUAUGUGUUUGUGUGUAUAUCUAUGAGAAUAAAUUAAUGAAGUGAUUUGCUUCCUGACUUAUCAAA